UCCGCUCAAAUCGCGCGGCGCGUGCUGCGGGAAGCUGAAGAGGAGGGAAAGCGGAGCCAAACGUGAGGGGAAGUCGGGGAGUGAAGGCUGGUGAGGGAAAAGUGGGGAAAGAAGACGAAGAGGAGGAGCGUGGAGUUGAUGGAUUGGAGUAUUUUUAGAAGGCGAGCCAAGGAUCCGCGAGGACAAACUCGUCUGCUGUGUGGUUGUGUUUGCUUCGCUCCCGGACGCCAGACCUUCGCGGCUUUGCCAAGCUCCAUUCCGUCCGAGCGAGGAGCGGCACGUGGAAGUCACGGAAGUGAGACGGCUUGAGCGGACGCGGACUGCCAAUCAGCUUCCGUGAGUCCAGUCACUGUUGCCGAAAGCCGUAGACGAAAGAACGUGAACAAAGCCGUUCUGCGCUCUCCUUGAUUUCAUUACCUUCUCAUCUCACGUUUGUCAGCCCCCCCCCCACCACCACCCCCACUGGUUUGUAUUCUGUCCUGCCUGCUCCUCCUUUGGUGUCGUCUCUCGCGCACUGUCACACGAGCUGCAGCGACGGACGCUCUUCAAUUUCUUUCCGCUGAGUCGGCAGCGUCAGAAGGGACCCGCAGGUCCGCUGGGUGAACCAGCGCGGCGGUACCUCAAGGGGGGAGUGUCCGUCCCCAACCGGCCAACGGGGCGUUCAUCCAGGUGUGGAUUUACCGUUUACCCUGGAGCUACAUGUGGGCCGCAGCCCCGCAAGCCGGGCUGGGAAAUGACGCCGUCCCCGCGGUUGUAGGAGCCCUGUGGGCGGCGGUCAUGGCCCGAGAGGGGCGUCGUCACGGGUCCCCGGCGGCAACUCGGCGGCGCGGAGCGACCCGGGCGCUCACUUUUGCUCUGCUCUCACAAACGCGCCUCCACGGCCUGAGGCAAGUGUGCAUCCCCCGCGGCUCCCUGAGUCGAAGAGUCUUCUGGCUCCUGGCUCUCUGCACAUGCAUGGGCCUGCUUCUGUCCUGGUCCUCCAACAGGCUCCUCCACUGGAUGUCCUUCCCCACCUACACUCGGGUCCACACCGAGUGGGCCAAGGAGCUGGCCUUCCCCGUGGUCACCAUCUGCAACAACAACCCCAUCCGCCUCUACAAGCUCACAAAGAGCGACCUGUACUUUGCCGGACACUGGCUGGGCCUGCUGCUGGCCAACCGUACCGUCCGGCCCCUGGUCCUGGACCUGCUGCAGGAGGACCGCGUGGGCUGGUUUGGCAAGCUAUCAGACUUCAGGCUCUUCCUGCCACCCCGAAACUUUGAGGGCACCAACUUGGAAUUCAUGGACCGGCUGAGCCACCAGCUCGAUGACAUGCUGCUCUCCUGCAAGUACAGAGGGGAACCUUGUGGGGCUCACAACUUCUCAUCUGUGUUCACACGGUACGGCAAGUGUUACAUGUUCAACGCCGCCGAGGAGGGCAAGUCUCUGCGCACCACCAUGAAAGGCGGCACGGGGAACGGGCUGGAGAUCAUGUUGGACAUUCAGCAAGACGAAUACCUGCCGGUGUGGGGCGACACAGAGGAUACGGCAUUCGAAGCGGGGGUCCGAGUCCAGAUCCACAGUCAGGCCGAGCCCCCCUUUGUGCACGAGCUGGGCUUUGGCGUGGCGCCCGGCUUCCAGACCUUCGUGGCCACGCAGGAACAGAGGCUCACCUUCCUGCCUCCGCCCUGGGGCGAGUGCGAGUCGAAGACUCUGGAGUCGGGCUUCUUCCCGGUGUACAGCGUGACCGCCUGCCGGAUCGACUGUGAGACACGCUACAUUGUGGAGAACUGCAACUGCAGGAUGGUGCACAUGCCCGGUGAUGCCUCCUACUGCACACCCGAGCAGUACAAAGACUGCGCCGAGCCCGCCCUCGCCAAGCUGUCUGCGACGGAGAGCAGCAGCUGCAUGUGCCGCACUCCGUGCAAUGUGACGCGCUACAACAAAGAGCUUUCCAUGGUCAAGAUACCCAGCAAGACUUCGGCGCGCUACCUGCAGAAGAAGUUCAACAAGUCGGAGAAGUACAUCGCAGAUAAUAUUUUGGUGUUGGACGUGUUCUUCGAGGCUCUCAACUAUGAGACCAUCGAGCAGAAGAAAGCUUACGAGGUGGCGGGCCUGCUGGGUGACAUUGGCGGCCAGAUGGGGCUCUUCAUCGGGGCCAGCAUCCUCACCAUCCUGGAGCUUUUUGACUACGCCUACGAGGUGGUACGAGACAGAUUAUUGGACCUCCUGAGUCGAGAGGACGAGGAGGAGGGUCGCCGAGGGGCUGUGACUUCCUGUGAUCCGGUGGCCAACCACUCGGAGUCCAUGGGCAACAGCGUGGCCGUGCCCCUGCAGGCCACGCUGGGCACUUUGGAGGAGAUCGCCUGCUGAGGCCCCCUCGCCUCGCCCCAAUCGUCCCUCCCCCCCUCAUCCCCCUUCACCCAUUGUCAGGACAGCCAAUCACGAGGCACUAAAAAGUGUCUUAAGCCUCAGCGGUGCCAAAUGAGGUCGGACGGGCUGGCCAAGUGUGGAGAGACACACCUGAGUAGCAUCCGUUGGUGGCUCAGUGCAAAAAAAGCAAAAACAAAACAAACAAAAAAAGACUUGGGAGCCACCAAAGCGCAUGCGUCACUCAUAAUGUGCCCAUGUGAUGAAUGUGCAGCGUCAACCCUGGAUUCCCGUUUCAGCUUUAAAUGGGGCGACCGAUCACUCAUUUUUGUUGGAUAUAGGAAAGAGAAAAUCGGCCAAUCAAGACGGCAAAGAAACAUUUUUGUUGCACUUUUAAUAUUGGAUCAUUCCACUCAAGGGCGUGUUCACACUAGGCCAUGACAGACGUGCCAAAAUACUGCAACUUUCCGACUCAGUUGAUUAUUUCUUAUCAUUAUUUAGAUUUCUAAUUGGUAAGAGGCGCCGUGGCAUGAAUCUUGUGAUAUGGCAUUUUUGUGCGCAGACUAGUUAUGAAUCGGCAUUUUUGACUAUGGAUUACAACCAGGCCAUCUUUUGAUUUUUAUCGUCUUCAUUGAUAACUGGUGACAGGAGCAAAUCAUUUUAGUCAUAUGACAGACCUUGCAUGUGACUGGCAUGCUCUGGUCUUUUGAUUUCUACAGUGCAAAGAUGAUAUGAUAAAAAAACUGGCAAGAGGGCAAUCUCAUCACUUAAAUGACACGUGCAUAUCCCCAUGCGUGAUAAGUGUGCAGUGUUUUUUUUUUGCCGUGGAAUAUUUCUAGUCACUGCUUAUUUCUAUUGUACAAAGUGGCGGCUAUUGAGGUUGGAGCAUUAGAAGCGUCAAUUGCGCAUUCACAGUUUUCCAAUUUUUUGGACUGUAUGGAUUAUUUCUGUCCUUCGGCUGGUUCCUGUUGUGCGCAUUAGUGGGUAUAGUAAAUAACUGGCAAGGGGUUACAUGUACUUUGGCAUUACAUGUACCGUACAUUGCAUGUGUUCUUACCCUUUUGACUUUGUGUAUUAUUUAGAGUUGUUAUAUUUCAUUGCUAUUAUGCAAGGUCCAGUUAUCCAGAAAAACAGGCAAGGAAGCACCACACGAAUCAAUUUGGAGCCUGCAAGUGUACUGGAUUUUGGGUGUCAAGUGGGCCCCAUGCGUGGUUCUGAUGGCCUUGUGUGAGCACACCCCAAAAGGAACUUGAACAGCAUGUCACAUUCCACAGUUAUUGACGGGACUCAAAGUGAGGUGUGCGACUCACACUUCACUGUCACUUGAAGACAGGCAGUGGAACAAAAUGUUGUAUGGUGAUGACGUAUUUAACCAAAAGUUCCCAGACAACGUUUCACCAUUUGUCCCCACCCCAGUAAUAGCUGACUUUUUUUUUUUUUUUAGCAGAGGCGGUAAUGAUCGUGUAAAUAUGUGUGUUUUUUCAACUCACAUUUGCUUUUGAGGCAUAUCAUAGGAUUUUGGAACGUCCAAAAAAAUAAAUAAAUGGAGGAUGCUAUUGAGCUUUUACGAAGACUCCGCCCCUCAGUACUGAGAUAAA